AUGGUUCUUCCAUUCGAACGGCAGCCUCUCUUACACAAGAGAUACGCUUCUCUCUCUUCUCCAGAGCUCACACGGUUCUCUCAAGGCGAAAGCGGCGAUGCGUCGAGAGGAGACGAGUAUGCGAAUUUUCUCAAGUGAGCGAAUCUUUGUUUACGCUAGAAUAGUAAGAAUUUUUUAUAACGUGUAACCAAAUAAUAUGUAUGACGAGUCUAUUUUAAAUGAAUAAGUUAGUUUGCGGUGGUUUGAGGCAGAUUCUAUUAAAUUCUAGCUCGUUUUGAUUAAAUGUUAGCGCCUUGAAUUGGAUGUCCGCCUGCGAUCGAUAGCAGAAUAAGAAGUUAGCGAGAUAUCAAGUGGUUUCAUAUUUCGAACUAAUGAGCAUAAAGAAUAUUGUUUUGACUUUUAAUUUCAACUUAAAUAGAUAGUAUGAUUUUAUUAGUGGUAUAGAUUUUGUAGCUUAAGUGCUCUAAAACAAUUUAAGAAAAAGCCAAACGUGCGUGAUAAUUGUAACAUACUUGUGGCUCUAAUCUCUUUGUGAUCGAUCACUCGCAAAUAUUAACACCGCAUUUCAUUUGCUGUCAUUUCAAUUACGCUCCAAUGCCAAUGGAUGAAAACGUCAAUAUUUGUUUCGAAAAUAAAUCCCUGUUUUCUUAGUUUCCCCUCUUUUGAAGACAAUGAUCGAUCAAUUUGCUUUUAUUUUCCCAUGCCGUCUCAGUAUCCGUAAUUCCCUUUGUCUCAAAAUGUAAGUUUCCAGGGGCAACCUCUAAAAGAAGCUUCAAACUAUGAGACACCUGGCAAACAAGCCAUAAGUACAAAUCCGUUAUGAAUAAUGUAGUCAGUUUAGCUAAAAAGAAGAAUAAUAUAUGCUGGCAUGUUCUUAAUGAUUUAGAGUGGUUGGUCUAAAAUAAGGCCUCAUGAGGGAGCAUAAUUUUUGAGAAUUUUUAAUUUUCCUUUUAUGAACCUCAUAACUCUUACAUGUGACUCUUAACUUUCUCUUUGGUAUGUUAUGGGUAUCUGUCUUCUUCGUAAAUCAGCAGUGAGAAUCAGCUUUUAGGCAUUAGGCAAUGCCCUUAACAACCCACCUCCUGAUGAUUUGAUGUAAGGAGGAGUUUCUAGAUUACAUCUUUUCUGGGAAGUAAAGGUUUUAAGGAAAUAGUUCAUUUAGGGGCAAGGGUGGGUUGUAGUGUGAUUUUCAACCCUUUAAGUCCCACUAGUGACCUAGACAGAAUUUCUCCUUACAUUAUCUGUACAAUAUCAAGAAGACAAGUAAUGAGAAUAAAGAAAAAUAUCAAUUAGGGGAUUUUUUUGGUUGAUCAAGUUCCGAAUUCUCCAAACUAACUUCACAUAAAUUGUAUGGUAGACAGAAAGGAGAAUUACUCAUGAAAUCUUGGGAGCUAAAGGGUUAAUGAAUGCUCCAGCUUAGUGGCAUGUUUGUAGCAGAGAUCAAGACUAAUUAGAUAAGACAGACAAAUAGUUAUCGUGGGUGUGAUUUGUUGUUAUUGUGUUUGGUGAGAAUUAUAAAAUCUCACCAAAGAGCACCAGCUACACCAGGGUCUUGAAUUCGAUCAGCUAGGGAAGGAAAGAACACUCUCACUGAUGAAAUUACUGAUGUGUUGAACCCUCAGUUUUGGCAGGUAUUGGCUCAGCUGCCCUGUUUCACAUAUUCAUAAAAUGGUAACUAGCGAUUGACAAAGCAAAUCAAAUUGUUUUAGAGAAGGACAUUACUAUCAAGGAAAAUAAUCUCUUUCCUGUAUGGGUUGUAGUUUAUUUGGUAAAUAACACAGAUAAUUUGUUGAACAUCAGUGAUUCUCUUGGUAAUGGCACCAUCUUCUUUUAAUGAUACCAGGUCAUUAGCAAAUGGAGAACGGCAAGAUGUUGGGGUGUCAAGGUGAUGUUAAUUCUAUUGUAUUGUUUUAAUUGCUGUUAAUCAAGGAUUUAGAGUUCAGAUAUAUUUAUUGUUAUUAUAAGCAGUAUGGCAAACAAAUGUGACAGCUCUCACAAUUAGUCAUUCUGAUGAUGUAACUGACAUACUUCCAUGUGACAUUUUUCCAGACCUAAGCCAAUUGCUGGAAAGCAAGGCCGAUCAUCGCCAACAACAAAAGACCCAAAGCAGACUAAAUAUAGGUUGUCACCAAACAGAAGUGAUGGUCUGCUUCAUGUAACAUUAACUGCAAAACAAAAUAUACAGGAACACCAGAAAAAGAUGAGAGUUAUUGAGGUGAGGUUGGACGUAAUGGAGCUGAAGAUGCUGUCCAAUUUCAAUCUUGUUGUUUUGUGGUUUUUUUGGUUUGGUUUUGUUUUGUUUUUUUUUGUGUUUUUUUUCUGAGUAGGCUGGUUAUUUUAUUUUCUUUGAUGUUCUUUGGAAACAUUUCAAUUAAGUAUACUCUAUUUACCUUUUUUGUUCUGUGACUCUUUGUAUGUUUUGAGUAUAAAAGUUUUCUUAAACAUUUAUGAAGCACAGCUGACAAGAGAAGUAUUUCUUGCUUCUCGGCAAUAAUGUAAACCAUCAGCUCUUUGGAACCUUCAAGAGUGACUUAAUCACCAAAUUUUCCUUACAGAUUUCCCACUCAAUAAAGCUGUAUUAGGUCAGAAUGAGUUCUUUAUUGUUCCACAUAUCCUGUAGAGAAAAAGAGUAGGGAAAGUUUAGAGAAAAGUGUGGUGAAUCUGCCCACUCAUGUUAGGGUGUAAAGGAUUUAGAAAGAAGUGAACAAUUUCAUGAAAAUUAUGUGUGAUUCAGUAGUUUAUUUGAUAGGAUCAUAUGCUGCAGCAUAAACAAGAGGAAAGAGAACUGAAACGUUAUGAAGGAGAUGUCAUUAAGAAACAGCAUCAUCUCAGAAGAACCAUGGCAGAAUAUGAAAACAGUAAGUCUUGAGCAAGAGAUUUAUUGAACAACUACUUAUUUAUCUACUUGUAAAUUUUAAAUUUGUGGUAAUUCAUGCAAAUUGUGCUUGCACAUGUCUAGCAGUAGUCAAAGAACAAAUAACUAAGAAAUAAAAGCAAAAGAUUGUAAGAGAAGAAAUACAUGUAAAAUUAUAUCUGAUAUUCAAGUAAUAUUGGUUUUGUUUGUCAUCUUUAAGAAAAACAAACAAAUAGAAAAUGUUAUUUCAAUCAGGAAAAAGUUAACCAAAGUUUCCGAAGUAAUCUUAAGAUAAGACCAAUUUUCAUGAGUGAAUCAGCAGUAAAGUGUCUUGAAAGAAGACCAGGGGGAGGAAGAAAGAUAAUUUUCAGCUUAAAUGAGCAAAGUUUCUCAUUAUUGUAAUGAAAGAUAAGACAGUAAACACACACAAAAAUUCAUGAAAAGAGCAAACUGAUAGGAACUCUUGUUUUAAAAGCAAGUACUCCUUGAUUAUUAAUCUGUAGUGUUAAUAAAAUGUUCUGCUUAUUCUGAUAAAUUGUUUUUGAUUUCACAUUCUUAAAACCAUUUAUAUUUUUAUUUUAAUAUUCUUUGAGAUGUAUUUAUGAAUAUUAUUCAUAACCACGUUAUCAUAAUCUCAAACAAGUGGAAAAUUAAGAAGUCAAAUUGGCAUUGACAUAUUUUAAUAAUUGAAAAAAUAAUUUAACCAAAAGUUGUGAAUCUUUUUUUCUCCUUUUCAGGUAUUUACAAAAAAGUGAGAGGUGAAGAAAGUAAGCUUAGUGAGAACAAUCAGGGCAUGGAAAGAGUUAAACAGCAACAUGCCAUACAGGAGGACAAAGUCAACAAGGCAAGAACUGAGAGGAACAUGUCUGCUAUUGUGAAAUUUAAAGACAAAGAUAGGAAGGAAGGAUUAAACCUGUAAGUAUUGUGGCAGUGAUCAGGGUUUGCUGUCAGGGUUUGAACAUGGGAACAUUGGGAGGGGUGCCAAGUGACCCAGUAAUUACAGCUUUAGCUUGAGGACAGAUCUGUAAAUCAGAUAAAAGAGCUACAUUAUCAACAGUCAUCACCCUUUAAAUGGUGUGGCCAGGCAGCCAAAAUGGUGGCUUACCACUCUAUAAUGUAGGUUAAAGUGCUUGGAAUUCUUGACAUGAUACAUGUACACCUAAUGGCAAUAUUGAAUUUUGUGCACUUUGUUCACUUUACUAAGCAGUGGUGAUUUUUCAAUUUUACCAACAUUGUUUUUUUUUGGGGAGGAGGGGGGAGGGGGGGAGGUUCUCAAAGUAUGCACACAUAAACUGCUGAAAAGUAGUCUUCCUUUAAACAUAUUUGGAUAUUAGAAUGUAUUCAUUAGCUGACUCCCAAGGGGUUUUAACCCCAUUGCAGCUUUUCAAAGGUCGCACUUUUUAGAAAAAACCUCUGCACAUGGCAGAGGUUUAUGUGGAAUUAAUUUGGAUGGUAUAAUCUUGUUAGACUCAGGCUCUGGUUAAGUCUGUUGUAUUGUCAGUGCCAGUAAUGACAAAACACUUCAUGAUGUCCCAAUGCCUUUCUCCGCCCAGGAGCACAAAGUGGUAUCUGUGAAGGGUCGUCAUUACAUGGGAAAAUAGUUGCAGAAUUAAUCCCAUUUAAAUAUUGUAUGAAGACAUAUAUUGAAGUUGAUAAUUUUUUCAGCUUACAAUGUAUGUUUGCUCCUUCAGGGGUGAAGUGGAGUUUCAGUACAGUAAAACAGCCAAGCAACUAGAGCUGACUCGUACAGAAAUCUUUUCACUAACUCAGCAGUUUGAAGAGAAUCUGAAAAGAAUAGAGGUAUAAGUUUUUUCCAUGAUACAAAUGCAUAUGAUUAGAUUUGGAUUGCUUUGGUUAAUGUCAAAUGUGACCUUUAAUAGAAUUAGUUACUCAAAAAUGACUUCAGCUAACUACAUCAACACAACAAUGACACUUGUUCAAUUUGAUUAAUGUUGAAAAUAUUGUCUAUUUAGUCAGAUGUGAAUUGAGUUCUUAUGGGAUUGCCAAAUGGAAAAGUGCAUCUCCCAAAAUCUCCACCCACUCUCGUCAGGGUUGAUUUAUUCCAAGUUAUACCAUCUAAAUUUGCAAUCAGGAGUACUCAGAACUGUUGUCAUUUUGUGAUGUCAUCAUCUCCUAGUUACCACAAGAAGACCUUCGUCAUUCAGUUAUGAAACCAUACGAGAUGAUAAAUUUAGGAAUACAGAAUUCAGUAGUAAAUGUUUAUGUAGAAACAACUUUAUUUUUCAACAGGAAAGGGGAUUUGAAUUGAAAAAGAGUUUGGCUGAGCUUGCCAUUGCAGCAAACAAGAUGGCGCUGAAAAAGAGAACACAACAAACGGAUGAUGGCAGGUAUUAGAAUCACAUGAAAUCUGAAUGAUUAUAGAAAACAACAAAACAAAACAAAAUGAAUUUAAUAAAAAGCUGACAAAAACAAUACUACAAUAAGCGACAGAAUGCUUGUUGAAUAUGGAAGCGAUCUUUGCAGUAAUGAACACCACUUAAUAGGCAGUAGUGAAAAUGAGGCCUGAAAAAAAUUCAUGUCAUUCGGGGAUUUGAGUCCAUGAUUUCUGUGAUAUCAGUGCAGAGCUCUACCAACUGAGCUAACAAGCCAACUAGGAGCUGGUCAUUGCACUGAUUCCAAAUUAACCAGUUAAGUAAUGAGUAACUGACUGUAAAUAUAUGAAAGUCAUACACAGUGUAUGUGAACUGCGGAUAAAGAAAUGAAUAUGGAAGCGAUAUUCACAGUAAUUAAUUUUUUUCAGGCCUUAUUUUCACUACUGCUCAAAUAUAGUGUUCAUUACUGCAAAGAUCACUUCCAUAUUCAUUUCUUUAUUCGCAUGUCACAUAAUUAUAUGAUUUUCACAUAUUUACUGUCAGAAUACUUGUUCUUGGACCAUUUUUGAAAAUGGCUUGGCAUGGUAUCUUGAUGGUUGAUUGCAGAAUUGUCAAAUCAGUGAAAGGUUUUUUUAAUUUUCAGAUAUGUAAAGGACACAAGCAUCAAAGAUAUUCAGGUUUGAGAUUAAAACUCUUAUACCCAUAGUUAGAAGAGAUGCACAUGUAUUUUUUGUUUCAAGCAUUUGUUUGGUUUGCUUGUCUCUUUCAUGGUUGCUUCUUUACUUUAGGAUAUAAAGCACCAGAUUUUUGUCAUGUGUAUAUUUUCUUAAUAGGAUGACAGACGACGUAAACAAAGCUUGACAGAAAAACUCAAGUAAGUGGAAAAAAAAAAGAAAAAAAAAGAAAUGAGCUGAUGAUUCUUGACAGUUUGGCUUACAGUUUGUAAAUAUAUAUAUCAUAUACUCAAAGACUGAGUAGGAGGGCUGGACUGGAACAUAUAUGGCUUUUAAAGACGAAGAAAGACUUUCUUUUUUUUCCUCUUUGUUUGAGACCCUAUCAGCCCAACUUACUAGUAACCUAUAUAUUGGUAUCCCGUAAUCAGCACCUGUGAUUCCUCGAUCAGAAUAGUUUUGUUAUGUUCGCACAGAUAUCAAGAGAAGCUUAGUAUCUUCAACCUGUGUCUUGUGUGUCUCCUAUCGGUCUGCGCCUCACUCCCAGAGUUCCGCGCGAUGCGCUAACAUGCUCUUAGUGUAGCAGAGAUUCCAACCCUCCCGAUUUGAUCAGGAGUCUCCCGAUUUGAUGUCUUGCCUCCCGCUCUCCCGAUUUUUACCAAAUUCUCCCGAUUUAUCAUAAAAUUCUGAAAACUAGGGGAAAAUUGCUAAUCUUUAGAAUUUUUGGCGAUCUGUCACUGUGAAACACUCAUAUUAUACUUACUUUCUUCGCGAAGAGCAUUAUGGUAUGUUAUAACUCAGGCUGGAAUGAUGUCAAAAUUCAGGAAAUGGCACUUGAGAGAACCUAAAUUUGCAAAAUUUCCCGGGGGCAUGCCCCCUGACCCCCCCAGAAGCUCGCGCCUUUGGCACUAAUAAUUACUCCCUAUUUUCCAUCACAUGGGGUUGGAAUCUCUGGUGUAGUCCUCCAGCAGCCUCUCCAAUUUCUUUUUCCUUUCUAAGUAACGGAAAUGUAUUUGUUGUUAAUCAACAUUUGAUACUGUUCAUUAUAUUGCAGAGGUAUAGAAAACCAAGGACUUAAACAUGAAUACGGCAAGCGGCGUUUGAGCAGGGACUUGAUGGUCUCCAAAGACAUGUUGUCCUUAAAGUCAAGGGAAGGUAGGUACACAUUUCUAUUCUCGUUUUAUGAUUGAAAAGUAGAUAAAAAACUAACAAACCUAGUAGUAGGUGUCUAACAAACGGUUUAGGAAACGAAGCAAAAACAAAAGUCAGGUACAACGAAUUACAUGUUCACUGAGCACUUUUCGAUUGAGAGUCGUAAAACCCAAACCAAAGUAAUCGCAACGCCAAUCAGAAGAAAGGGAAAUUUUUAGGAGCGAUUAGAAUUUGGUACACUUGUACUGCUUUAAGUUUGCAGAUCGAAAAGUGUGCACGUGAGAUCAGAAAAUUUACCAUACACUCAGAAUGUCACAUUUCCUCUUACCACCCAAACUGUUCCCUGUGCUGCUUAAUAAUCCCAGCUCACAACAUUACUUUCAGCUUAAUGUUGUAUCUCUUUCUCUUGCUCUUGUUUCAGAGGGUAGAAAGAUGACCGAUAUUAAUCGUAGGCUUCAACACAAUUCCGUCAGCCAAAAGCAAGCUAAGCAAGCGGCAGAAUAUCUGGAACUUGAUCGACAAGGAAAAGAGAUUGAGGAACGAGGCCAGGUAAGGGCAUGAAAAUGGCAGUACUAAAUGUUCUGGCUAUUGAGAAUGAAACCUCACGAUGCAAUUAUGUGUGUUUUUCUGUUUUUUUUCUCUCCUCUUGAUAGUCUACACGUACCCUAAGUUUAUUCGCAAGUCACGAAAUGCACGAGCAUUUAACGCAUUGUUCUUAAAUUUUUUCAUCAAAUCACUUACGUGUCACGACGAUUUCUUUUUGUACGCCCACUUUGCACUCCACACGAAUUUCUUUUUAAUUUUCUUUUUAAUGUGCUAGUCAUACCAACCUUAUUGUUUUAGCUUAUUCAGACAUUCAUCAUGGACCAUUCAGGAACGAGAUAUUUUAUGGAGUAAAGAAAACACACUUAAAUGAAAAAACCUCGCGUUUUGAACGUCAACCUGUUGGCAGACUUUUAUCCUAUGCGGCCCAUUGCUGCAGAAAUGAUCUCUAUUUCAUUAGACAGGAAUAAACUCUGGUGCAGCAAGCCACUUGGCUUGAGUGCAGACUUAACCCUUUAUAAUUGUCAGAUAAGGAGGGAUUUUAAGCUUGAUUUCAUUAUUAAUUUACUCUGUCAGUUUGCCGAGGCUCGCAGAAGCCACCAGAUUGAGCAGCUGACAAGGGAAAGAAGACAGCAACACUCGCAGCAGAUGACUGAGUGGAAGAAACGUUACUUAGAAAAACAGAACGAGGCCACUCGGCGUGCCCAUGAAGACAGCGUCAAACAUCUACAGGUGACUGAUAUUUCUAGACCUGGUCCGUGGCAUGCUUUGCAUUUUUUCAUGUACUUCGUCACGGUUGCUCCAUCUUCAAAAAUUUAGAGAGGAGAAAAAAAAGAAUUUUAAAAACAGGCACCCCUUCAUGUUCAUGUGUAUUGUGGGGAUAUACGCUUUAACCACCAACCAUACGAGUUACUGUGUGAAGGAUGAUAAUAUGAACAAAUCAUCAAUCCGCUCUCUCUUUCCAAUUUUGUUAGCUGAUUCAUCAUUAAAAUUUGCGUAUCAACUACCGGAGCCAUGCUGUUUCGUACUACAAGCCUCUCCAAUCUACUAAUUAAAUUUCAACCUCUUUGUAUCUACCAUGACGUUUAGAAAAUUGUGAACAAGAUGGAGGAAACAGAGCAUGCUCUGUACAAUCGAGUACGUGCCGCUGAAAUGCAACGCCGAAAACAAGAACAGGACGUACAAAGAAUCUUUGUCGAAUUGGAGCAACUGUCCAAAGAAAACCAGAAGAAAAUGAGGGUUUGUACCAGUGGUGUGCGGUGUAUUGUCUGUAGCUCUAAUUAGGAAAAAGUUAAUCAUAGUCAUAGGCUUUCAAAUUUCCACGUAAAUAUGGUGAGACAAGAAUCACCUGCUGGGCUCCAAAGAAGACAGAAAAACAAUUCUGUGCUGCUGUUCUGUACUUGUUCGGUGACUGUCCUGUAAACAGAAUUUCACUAUGAAACAAGGAAAAGAUAAAGAGGAGGGCGCAUGAAGGGAAAAUAUUUUUUAUGGGAGUGAGGUUAUGGAAGGAAUCAGCUUUUUACAUAAAAAUAUUUGGGCCUAUAGAAGGGGGAAAGAGGUGUGUAGCAUAUCACCAGGAGCUUUUGGUGCGGAACAAGCUCAAAUUCCCAGCUUUGCAUUAGUCCCUUUUUUAACUCGUGAAUUGCGCGCAUGCGCAAGAGCGAGUUAUAGAUACGAUGUGGGGAAUGGCAUUCGCUCGCUCGCUCGCUCGCUCGAUUGGUCGAUUCCUGUAAACUUUUUUUAGAUUUUAGGCUUUUGAAUGCAUUUUAUAGUUUUUGGCGAGCAAUAAACAGACGAAAUGGCGACCUUUGUUGCUAAGAAUAGUGGUGGGGUGAAAAAGAAGCCAAUGAUAAUCUUAAAAGAGUUUUUUUUUUUCGUUUUAGUUUCAACAAGCGGCGCCAGCGACUGGCAGGCAUGCAAGGUUUCACACUGAAAUAACAGAACAACCUUCGUUUUUCAUAAAAUUGUAAUUUACAAUCCUUGAACUUGAAAACAAUCCGAAGAUUCAUUGAAAAUAUCACUUACUGCGAAGCGCUCGAGUUUACAGAUGUUCAAAAGCUUUUUCUGUUAUAGCGUGAGAUUGAGGACAAAAUUGAUCAUUACGUUUCGUCGCGUGUGUUUUUCCUGUGUGAAGCAACAAAAAGAUGCCGGCGACUGACGAAAUAACAAGUUAACACGAAAAUCAGAUAACACCUAAACAAACAAUUUUAGCUACCGAUUUUCAGUGAAUUUUUAAAGAACAAUUUUCUUUUAAGUUUCAAGACAAUUUGAAGAUUCAACAUACAUACAACGUACUAAAAUGCGAAAGUUACACACCACAAAAUUGAUAAAUAGGCCUGAAAUGAAAUUCUAUCUUGUUAUUGAUCAUACGUUGCCUAGCACGUGACUUAAAUCUACCCAGGCGGAGAUCCAAAAUGACGGUGGCAGGCUUGGCUUAGUUAUAUCACUCAAAACUCGUUCCCGUUUGUCUCAUUUGAUAAAGAGGGAAUCGUUAAUGUUUUCAUUAAGACAGUAUUGCCUUGAUUUUCUAAUAUUUACAACGAAAGACAGUAAAUUUCACUUUUCACCCACAUUUACUUCCAACCUUUUCUUUUGAACCAGAAACAAAAAUGAUAGACGUUUAAAACACAUGAUAUCAUCCACCUUGUCAAAUGUAAUAGCAUGAUCAUUUCAAUUGUAAUGCCUUCUUAUCCCAACGUUACUUUGUUUCUUUGCUACAUUAGCGAACACUGAACUACUGCUCGUACUCUAGAUAUGACAAUCAACCACAAAAUUCCCUAAACCAGAUAACAUUAAACAUAAUCUAAAAAAUCAUGUGUCAAUUCACGAGUUUGCUCACAGAGCACUUUGAUUGUUUCGUUUGACGAAACAUUUCUUCCUGAAAAGAUUUUGCCAUCCUAAGGUUUCUUGGAAAAUGCUUGUGAUCCUACGUCUCACAAGUUUUCAUUUCAGAAUGGACUUCUUGUUGUUGCUGUGUUAUAUGGACGAGGAUCACUUUACCCGUAUUUCCUUCUCUUUGACGUUCUAGAUCAUUUUCCUUGUGCGAUCUGUCUUUGUUUUCUCUUUGUUUAGAGGUGUUAGCCAGUAUUCCAAGUACGCGAUCUUGUUUAAUGUUCUUCCUUUCCGUUAAAAUAUUAGUUUUCUACUUGCAGGAAACCCAGGAACAGUUUGGCCGAAAGAAAGUUGAGUUGGAACAGAAGCUCUUACGAGAGAAAGCUGAACUAGCAAAGGUAGGUAAUCUGUGCUACGUUGUUCCAAACUCGAUUGACACUGAUCUCAGGCUAGCUACAAACGAAAAGAAUAGUAAAAUAAAGUAAAAUAGAAAAGGGAAAAAACGGAAAGAAAGUAAAAAUAAAUAAUUUUUGCUUUUGAUGCGUCAAGCGUCUCGAAUAAGAUAACAAGGGAUGUAUUCUUUUGGACAAACUUUUCGGAUAAUGUCUCCCCUACUCGUGUAUGCUCGAAUCAACUGUAGCUAGACGGAAUGUGGACCGUGCAGAUAAAUUGUAUAUGUUAUGGUGUGAUUUAGCACCUUGUAGAAAUAUUUAUUAUUUUAAUUCGUUUUAACAUCAGUGUAAUGUAAUAUAUGACCCCCCCGUUUCUCCACCAUCCUCUCUCUUUUGAUAGCAGCAGUUUUCCAGCGCAUCGCUCGUUUAUUCGAACGAACUUGUAAGCGGUUCGUUUUAUUUUUUCGUGUUCGUUUGUCGUCUUGAUUUUGUUUUCGUUCCUUUUCCUUCUUAAAAUUGUUACUAUUAUUAGAAAAAACUGCUCACAUAGCAGCACUAUACUUGCCCCUCGCUGAUUUGCGUGACCGUGUGGCUUUUGCUCGACAUUUCUAGGCCCACAAUCAGCGGGAAGAAAGCAUCCAAAGGUUAUUACACCACAGAGCGAAGAUGAACGGCGACAAAUACUUGUUGUCCGAGGAAGAAAGGGUAAGUGGGUGCUAUGCAAAUGUAGUCUGUAUGGUUUGAUGGACGAGGGAAUUCUCGGGGAGUGCGCUGCGUUAUACUUAUCAAAACGUCGGGAAAAAGUGAGAUAGAGCAGAUUAUGACUUUAAGACAGGUGUCUGCCUCAUUAACAAUUGGAGUUCGAGCUCGAGAUUUCUAUCAUAUGAUAGUUUAUGAGGGCCAAGCCCGAAUCAACUUUCACGUGAUCUAGAACAAGUAAUCUCACUGUUUUAGUCGAAAUCUACUGAUCUUUCUAUGCUAAACAAGACGCACUCAUUUUUCGCAACUUUUUCGCUUCUCAUCCAACGCACUAUUUAUCACGGAAUAGAUAGCGAGAGGCGUAGCCAAUCAGAUUGCAAGAUUUGUGAGGGAACUUUCGAAGAUCUAUACUGAUUUCCGAUAUCAACUUUAUGAACUGUCCUCUUACAUAUGACUCAGGUUUUUACUGUGUUCUUGCAUUCUAUGAUCAUUUGAGAUCUGUUUCAGAUAAUCUAUACCCUAAUAUACUAAUAUCAUCAUUUGCACUUCACACAGGAGCACGAUCGUCUCGCCAAGAUCGGGCAAAGAACAGACAAUUUGGAGCAGGAAGUUCAUUCAUGA